GAGACAAGUCUUACAAUGGGGAGCGAAGCCCAGCCAGGUGUUAGAUGGAGCGCAUUUAAAAUAUUAAUCACACUAAUUUUGAUGGGGCUUGCAGGAUACUGUAUUUACAUGGCGUUUGAACCAAUAGUAGUGGAAUCUGACUACAGCCUUAAAAGCUGGGUCAGCUUAAUUUUUGCUGCCCUGAUGGUUUUUUUCAUUUUUAGCAUAUUUAAGGUGCAUAGAAAUUACCAAUUUGUUUUCUGGGCGUGCAGCUUUGGAAUGUUUAUCUUCGUGAGUUUUAUGUUUUUCAACUACGACAGUCUAUUUGAUUGA